GCCAGAGGAAAAUGUUUAGUCAAAUUUUGUGUCAGACGGGGAUCUGCUGGAUUAUCAGAGAGGUUUUAAUUGCAGCUUACAAUUGUUAACAUCGAAUACUUAAGUAUCUGUGAGUUGACUAGCUCACGGAUCAAUCGUUUUAAGGAAACGCAAGUGCCACCAUGUCCAGAGUUGCGGAUUUGUCGAAACUCCGACAAGAGCGGAUGAGGGAGAUAAGUCUGCGGAACAAAGAGAAAGAGCGCAUGAGAGAGCGAGAGAAGGAAGCACGGGAGAGGGAGGCACGAUACAGCAAUGGUCACCUCUUCACUUCAUUGACUGUGUCUGGAACCACACUCUGUUCAGCCUGCAACAAGAGCAUCACUGCCAAGGAGGCGCUCAGCUGCCCCACAUGCAAUGUCACCAUCCACAACCGCUGUCGAGACACUUUGCCAAGCUGUGCCAAAAUGAAACAACGGCAACAGAAGAUGGCCCUAAUGCGGAACAACUCAGCUUUGCAGAAUGUUACACUGCGCACCAAAACUCCAGUGAUGCGGGAGCGUCCAAGUUCAGCAAUCUACCACUCAGACAGCCUCCGCCACUCCCUGCUGGGUUCCCGCCGUGGUCGCUCCAGCCUUUCCCUGUCUAAGAGUGUCUCCACUAACAACAUCGCAGGGAACCUGAAUGAUGACUCUCCCCUGGGGCUGCGCAGGAUCCUGUCCCAGUCCACAGACUCCCUCAGCUUCAGAACCAGAGCCAUGUCGAUGGAAUCACUCAAUGACGAGGGGGAAAUCUACUAUGCAUCCAUGCUUGAGGAGAUGGAGAUCGAGGGGCGGGACUUUGAGGCGGACUCGUGGAGCAUGGCUGUGGACAACACCUAUCUGCAGGCACACCGCAAAGAUGUCAUCAAGAGGCAGGAUGUCAUCUAUGAGCUGAUCCAGACAGAGCUGCACCACAUGCGGACACUGCGCAUCAUGGACCGGGUCUAUCGGCAGGGCAUGCUAGAAGAGGUUCAGCUAGACCAUGGCACAGUGCAUUCCAUCUUCCCCUGCCUAGACCGGCUGACUGUGCUGCAUUCUGGCUUCCUGGCACGACUCCUCCUGCGGCGCAACCACAGCCUGCAGGCAGGAUCCACUUCCAACUUUACUAUCCACCAGCUGGGGGACAUAUUACUAGAGCAGUUCUCAGGUCAGUGUGCAGAUGAGAUGAUGAAGACCUACUCUGAAUUCUGUAGCCGUCACAUGAAGGCUGUCAAACUGUACAAGGAACUGCUGGCCAGAGACAAGAGGUUCCAGUACUUCAUACGGCGGGGGAGUCGGGGACCCCUGCUGCGUCGCCAUGGUAUCCAGGAGUGUAUCCUGCUGGUAACUCAGCGAAUCACCAAGUAUCCAGUCCUGAUUCAACGUAUCUUGGACAACACCAAGGAUGAUGAAGAAGAAGCCUCUUCUCUGGCCCAGGCUCUGUCUAUGGUCAGAGAACUGCUCAGUGCCAUUAACAAACAGGUGGAGGAGCUGGAGAGGACCCAGCGGCUGCAAGAGAUCCAAGCUAGGCUGGAUCCACGGGCUGAGACUAAGGUGAGGAGUGGUGAGCUAUUCAGGGCUGGAGAGUUGCUCCGCCGGAAGCUUGUCCACGAAGGAACCCUUCUCUGGAAAAUCCCUGGAUCCAGGCUCAAAGAUGUACAGGUCCUACUGAUGACUGAUAUCCUGGUGUUCCUGCAGGAGAAAGACCAGAGAUACAUCUUCCCCUGCCUGGACAAACCCUCAGUGCUCUCCCUUCAGAAUCUGAUAGUGAGGGAUAUAGCUAAUCAGGAGCGUGGCAUGUUUCUCAUCAGUGACUCCUCCCCUCCCGAGAUGUAUGAGGUCCAUGCGGCCUCAAAGGAGGAUAAGAACAUGUGGAUACGCCACAUUCAGCGCACUGUCAGCAACUGCCCAUCAAGAGAGGAGUUCCCCCUUAUAGAGACUGAGGACAAGGCACUUCUGAGGAGACUCAAAGCUGAUCUCCAGCAGAAGGACCGGGAGUUGCUGGAGCUCCUACAGGAGAGGGUGACUCUGUUCUGUGAGCUGGCAGAGGUGAGAGGGGGUCAAGAGUCUCCACCCCCUCCUAACACACGUUACCUGUUCAGGGCUGACACACCUCAGGCUCCCCGGGCAGAGAAAUUCCUCCUGGAUGCUACAGCUGAGGUGGACAGACUGAGUGAGCUCCUUCUUGGCUCCAGUGUGGAAAUCCCUCUGCCCUGCUACCACAACCACACAGGAGUGCUAGUUAUCAAUGGUCAGGAACUGUUGGUCAAUGGAGGUCACGAAUCCCCUGCAACAAAGGAUCACAGUGGCGGUCAAGACAAGAUACCAAGUGAGGAGAUCUGUCAGAGGUUGAUGAAUCUCAGUGCCUACCUCCAUGCACUCCAGGGUGCUGUUAUCAAACAGGACUCCAUCUUGGAACUGCUCCUGCGACCAGAGGGUGCCAUGACUCUGGCUGCAGGUGGAGGCGCAUGGCGAUCCCAGUGGCGAGAUGGUGUUGUGGGUGAGACCAGUGCAGGGUCAGCCAUCGGAGAGCUGGCCUUGCUCCAGAGACAACACAGCUUGCUGCAGGAGGAGCUGUUGAGGCUGCGGGAUGCUGAGGGCCGGCUGAAGGACAGUGAGAAGGCCCGGGCCAAGCUGGAGCGGCAGGUCCGACACAUGAAGGUCAGCAGCCCUGCAGCUGCAGCCUCCCACCAGCUGGUGGAGCAAUCUUCUUUGCCAGGGGCUGAGGUCACUCCCAUGGUCCAUAUCCCACUAGAGAGCAAGGAAUCAAUGCAUCAAUCAGAAGGCAUCCAGGACUGUAGUGACGCAGAUGUGGAUGUGACAUCAGAUGAGGAUGAUGGGAUGGCAUCAGGUCGCUCUGAAAGCCCCAGAGAUCUUCAAGAUAUCCCAGAGGAGAGUUAAAGUGGAGCCGAACUGCGACAGGCGAAUGUGUCACAGUGCUAAUGAGUUUUUGUAUAUCUCUUUUACCUUUAUUCAACUCAAUGGAAUAGAAACACCACAACAAAGUAUAUCCUCUGUAGAUCUACAGGUAUUCAUUUAGUUACUUUGCUUUUGACUACAUGGCUUGUGGCAAUGUAUUGCCUUAUUUUCAGUUUUGCUUUGGAUCAUUUGGAUUUCUAUGACUUCCUUUCAUUGCUGGAUCAAAGAAGAGUGGAAGUGGAAGAGGAAGCUAUUAAAAGAUUAUUCAAGCAAGAAAACAUAGGAAACCCAACUGUCUUUGGACCACUUAUGGGGUGUUUCCUUUUAAAUGCAUCUGCUUUAAGAUUGGGGAUUUGACAAAGAUGUAGAAAAUAUACUGUCUGUAUUUUCCAGCACAACAUACACAAUAUACACACGCACACAAACUUUAGACAUAAAUGGAUUUUUAGAUGCAAGACAAUUCAAUAAAUGGGAUUCUCCAGACUUUAGUUCUGUUUAAUAUGAUGAAAAUUUAUUUUCAUUUAUCCA